AUGGUCACGCCAGAAGGCUCCCCUCACCUUGCACCCCCUUGCCCUCCCAUGCCCCCUUUUGCUCCCCUUCGCCCCCCUUCGGCCCCGAACGCUCCCUCUUUUCCCCACUCGGUUCCCCUUGCUUCCCCUUGCCGCCCCUCGGUCCCCUUUUUCCCCUGUGCUCCACGUUCCCCCCUUGCUCUCCCUUGUGUGCGACCUCGUGCUUAUGCGGGGCACCUCUGUUUUGUCCCGUACCACAACGCGCACCUACAGAUGAUUCUGGUGGCGGGGGAAAGAGAGGCAUGCGACCAGGUGUUUGCGGGUCUGGAGAAGCACGGCGAGCAGUGCUUUGUGGACCUCUCUCGCUCCUGCAUCAUCCUGCUCACGCACUUCGGCGACGCCAUCUCAGUCAUCAAGAAGUCCCCCGAGCGCCUCUUCUCCUUCCUCGACAUGUACGAGACGACACUCGACCUCAAAUCCACGGUAGAUGAGCUGUAUCGAGCAGAGGAGGGCCGGGCAGUUCGGGACAACUACCAGGAACUGCUGACAAUUUUGGGGCGGGCAGCCCGAGACACGUUUGAAAAGUUUGAGGACGCGGUGAAGGCACAGCCAACCGCGGAGGAUAUGAGCGGCAUGGGGGGCAUGGGCGGCAUGGGCGGAAUGGGGGGCAUGGGCAGCAUGAGUCAGCCAGGAAACGUCCCGCGUGCGGAGAUGCUGCGGAACGGAGGGUUCCUCAACAAGCUAAAGAAGAUGAUGCUCAAGGCAGAUGACAAUAUGAGCGAGGUGGGCGGGCAGCAGGACGUGGCAGCAUCCAACGCCAGUGGGGACGUGCACCCCAUCACCAGCUACGUUGUCAACUACCUGCUGCUGCUCUGCAACAGCGACCUGCCGUACUUCUCCAUCCUGGAGUGCGUGUUUGAGGACAUGGCCAACACCGCCAACGAGGCCGGCUCAUCCAUCAUCACGCCGCGCGUGCAGGGCCGCCUCGCCUUCGCUGCUGCUCGCAUCCUAGAGGCACUCAAAGUGAACCUGCAGCACCGCGCGCUCAUGCUGCGGGAUGACGCACUGGGGGAGCUGUUCCUGAUGAACAACCUCGCAUAUGUGCUCACCAAAAUAGACGCUGCGGACGCAGGCAGGUUGCUGGGAACAGCAUGGAUUGGCAACUACGGGGCCAUAGUGGACAGCCAUCGCGACCGAUUCAUCAACUCCUCCCUCGCCAAGUUUGACCCAGUGUGGUCCGAUGACCGCCUCGACACCGCCUCUCUCGUAAAAAGGCUCAAGCUCUUUAACUACACCGUGGAGCAGAUGAAGCAACGCUACAUGGCGUGGACCAUCCCUAACCGGGAGUUGCGGGCGCACGUCAAGAAGAUGACACUCAAACGGCUACUGGACAAAUACAGAGACUUCAUCGUUCGGCACAGGGCCCUAAAAAAUAGACCCAGUGCCAUCCCCCUUUCCUCCCCUCACUGCACAAACGUGGUUCAGAGCCACAAGACCGAACGUGAUUCAAAGCCAUCGGACUCUGGAUGUGAGAGUGUUCACAUGCGAAGAGAUCGAGCAAAUGCUGCUGCCGUGCUUCGAUACCGGGCCUUCUAG